AGUGGGGCUCGCUACCUGCGGUCAGUCCCGCAGCCCGGCCCCGGCAACGCUGCACCUGGAGCCCGAGCGGAGCCGGCAUGGAGCGGGACCCGGCCGGCAGGCGGGAGAAGACGCAAUGGUUUUUUGAGCGGCGAUCUCCCAGCACGUUUCUGCUGCGCGGGAGUGCUGCAGCGGGCAUGGCCUCCAGCGCUGCAGCGGCGGGGAGGAAGGAGCCACAGGAGCUGCAGGAGUUCAGGCCCGACGGGCCGGAGCUGCAGCUGAAGGGAUCGCCCGCAGCGCCGCAGUACGGCAGCGGCUUGCCGGGACUUUCGGAGCACGGGCCGGUGUGCAUGGCGGCUCCGUACGGGGAGGGGCGGCAUGACUACCCGGGCCUGGCCUUCUACAGCCCAUCCCUGCUCGGCUACGAGGCCAACAGUGAUGGCCCCUAUGUCCGUCAGAGCCUCAGCCCCUCACUCUACUGGUCAGCAUCCGGACACCUGUCCCCCAUCGCCCUGCACUGCCAAACACCCCUCGUCUACACUGAGCCCUCACGCACUCCCUGGGGCGAACUCCGGCCCGGAGAACAGCACACACCCAGGGAGGGGGUGAAGAAGAAGCUGCCGCCCACGGACUCGGCUAACGGCGUGUGUGGCCGCCGGGACGCCCAUUACUGCGCCGUCUGCAACGACUUUGCCUCGGGCUAUCACUACGGUGUGUGGUCAUGCGAGGGCUGUAAGGCCUUCUUCAAACGCAGCAUCCAAGGACACAACGCCUACAUCUGCCCGGCCACCAACCAGUGCACCAUCGACAAGAACCGCCGCAAGAGUUGCCAGGCCUGCCGACUACGCAAGUGCUACGAGGUUGGCAUGAUGAAGUCCGACCCCCGCCGGGACCCUCCCCUAGUUACCCGGCUGAGCCGGCAGAGCCGGCUGGGGCUGGGGCUGGGGGUGGGGAUGGGGGUGGUGGGGGGGGUGGGGAUGGGGGUGGGGGGGGUAGCCGCGGGAGGGGGCAAGGUCCGCCGGGUGGUGGAGGGGGUUCCUCCCCCGGGAGGGGCGCUGGGACCCCUGGCCCCGGAGCGGCUGCUGACCUCCCUGCUGGAGGCCGAGCCCCCCAAUAUCUACUCGCCUCAGUCACCCCAACAAACCCUACCCGAGGCGUCCAUGAUGAUGUCCCUCACCAACCUUGCCGACCGAGAGCUCGUGCACAUGAUCGCCUGGGCCAAGAAGGUGCCAGGGUUUGUGGAGCUGGACCUACACGACCAGGUACAGCUGCUGGAGUGCUGCUGGCUGGAGGUGCUGAUGGUGGGCUUGAUGUGGAGGUCCAUGGAUUACCCCGGCAAGCUGCUCUUUGCCCCCGACCUCAUCCUCGACAGGGACGAAGGUCAGUGUGUCGAGGGCAUCCUGGAGAUCUUCGACAUGUUGCUGGCCGCGACGGCUCGCUUCCGCGAACUCAAACUCCAGCAUGACGAGUACCUGUGUCUGAAGGCCAUGGUGCUGCUCAACUCCAGCAUGUUCCCGCGCUCGGGUGUGUCAGAUGAGCAGGAGAACCGUGAGAAGCUGCACAAGAUCCUGGAUACCAUCACUGACACCCUCAUCUGGUGCAUGUCCCGCAGUGGUGUGCCCCCCGCCCAGCAGCCCACCCGCCUGGCACACCUACUGAUGCUGCUGUCCCACAUACGCCACGCCAGCAACAAAGGCAUGGAACACCUGUACAGCAUGAAGUGCAAGAACGUGGUUCCGUUCUACGACCUGCUGUUGGAGAUGCUGGAUGCCCACGUCAUCUACAGUUACCGCAAACCGCCCGACGACACCAACUGUGCACCGGCCAAGAGCCACCCCCUCUGAUCCACGACCCCCACCCAUCCCCACCACCCCACGCCUCCCCCCGACUGGGACUGGGACCGGGACAGGCUGGGGGGAGCGGAGUUACCAGAGGGUGGGAGCAGACACUGCCCAUAAAUAACUCCUCGCCCCCCCCCCCCCCCCCCCCCACACACAGUCCCCUCAUCUUGCUGCCCCCCCCAUUCCCCCGCAGGUCACGUUCAGCUCCAGGACAAACAGGGAUGUAAUGCUGAGGCUCUAUAAGGCUGGUCAGGCCACAUGUGGAAUAUUGUGAGCAAUUGUGACCAAAUAACCACAUGUCACUGUGCUGAAGAAACUGGCAGCCUCCGUCUCUGCUAGCCCCAACAGGAAUGGGAUGAAUGGCCUCCUGUCUGUGCUGUACAUAGCUGAGGCGGGGGCUUGUGCUGUGUUUCCCCCUCCCCUCUCUGCCCGACUCCAUCCUCCCCGACCCCUCGCCAAGGGGAGAAUCACGUAGGGGGAGCGCUUGUCGGCGCUGGGCCUGUACUCGCUGGAGUUUAGGAUGAGGAAGGACAUUCUUGCUAUUGAGGGAGUGCAGCGUAGGUUUACAAGGUUAAUUCCCGGGAUGGCGGGACUGUCAUAUGCUGAGUGAAUGGAGUUGCUGGGCUUGUACACUCUGGAGUUUAGAAGGAUGAGAGGGUAUUUAAUUGAAACAUAUAAGAUUAUUAAGGGUUUGGACACGCUAGAGGCAGAAAACACGUUCCCGAUGUUGGGGGAGUCCAGAACCUGGGGUCACAGUUUAAGAACAAGGAGUAAGCCAUUUAGAACGGAGACGAAGAAACACUUUUUCUUACAGAGAGUGGUGAGUCUGUGGAAUUCUCUGCCUCAGAGGGCGGUGGAGGCAGGUUCUCUGGAUACUUUCAAGAGAGAGCUAGAUAGGGCUCUUAAAAAUAUCGGAGUCAGGGGAUAUGGGGAGAAGGCAGGAACGGGGUACUGAUUGGGGAUGAUCAGCCAUGAUCACAUUGAAUGGCGGUGCUGGCUCGAAGGGCCAAAUGGCCUACUCCUGUACCUAUUGUCUAUUGAGUGGGGGACCUCAUUGAAACUUACCCACUAGAGGGCACAGCUUCACAAUAACAGGACGAACCUUUAGAAUGGAAAUUAGGAGGAAUUUCUUCAACCAGAGGGUGGUGAAUCUGUGGAAUUCAUUGCCAAUAACGGCUGUGGAGGUCAAGUCAGUCAGUAUUUUUAAGGCGGUGAUUGACAUUCUUGAUUAGUACGGGUGUCAGGGGUUGCAGAAGGCAGGAGAAUGGGGUUGAGGGGGAAAUAUAGAUCAGCCAUGAUUGAAUGGUGCUGUAGACUCGAUGGGCUGAAUGGCCUAAAUAUAUUCCUAUGCCUUAUGGCCUUGGCAUAUAAACGUUCACCUCACACAUGAGGCGGAUAGACAGGGUGAAUGGAAAGAGUGUUGUAUCCAGAGUCUGCAAAACGAGAGCGAGAGGACAGGUUUAAGGUGAGAGGAUAAAGAUUUAAUAGGAACGUGAUGGACAUCCAGAGGGUGGUGGGUGUGUGGAACGAGCUGUCAGAGGUGGUAGUUGAGGCAGGUGCAAUAACAGCAUUUAAAAAAUACUUGGGCAGGUACUUGGAUAGGAAAGGUUUAUAGGGAUAUGGGCCAAAGGCGGGCAAAUGGGACCAGUGUAGAUGGGACAUGUUGGGCAGCACGGACAAGUUGGGCCGAAGGGCCUGUUUCCGUGCUACUAGGCUCCACGUUCUCUCAGACCAACCCAUUGGUCUCAUCCCCACAUUUAUCUCCCUGUGACCUGACAUUCCCUUCAACUGCCCGGACUACUCCUCACCCACGCACUAUUGGCGAUUUACAGAGGCCAACUAAGUCUCUCCCCCACCCCCUCUCUCCCCCAGCUCACCCUUCUCCCCUCCCCACCCCACCCCCUCUCUCCCCUCCACACCUCU